UGUUAAAGAACGUGUACUUUGCCGUAAGUACAUAACUUGUGAACUAGGUAAUCCACGUUUUAGGAUCUCUUUUAAAACUGGGUACCAGCAGAUGUUUUUGAGUGCCGUAUGUACAAUAUAUGAAGUGACCUUUUUUUUAACUUAGCCUUCUUAAAAUUUCAUAGGUAAAAAAAAAAUGGCAUUAAAAUUUCUAAAGGAAACAGCAACACUAUUUUUCUUUCUUUUAAUUAGCUUUGCAGCUUCAGAAAAAGAAUGCAGAGAUGUAUCGCCAAUGCUUUGCAAUCAAAAUAUAGAUUGUAAUGCUUCUGUUUUUAAAGUACGAUGCUGUCUCACAUGUUCAGGACCUAACCCACCAACAAUUGUUCCUCAAACAAAAGUUCCAUCAACAGAGCAAUGCGGUCUCCAACAGAUAUCAACAAGCAGGAUAAUUGGCGGAGAUGAUGCAGUACCUGGAUCUUGGCCAUGGCAAGUUGUCGUGUAUUUUAGAGGUAAUCGUGGAUGUGGUGGUACAAUUGUGUCGCCAAACUAUGUUAUUACAGCUGCGCAUUGUUUACCUAGAGAGGCUGUGGCUGAAAAUUUUAUUGUCAGAGUAGGAGAAUACGAUGUCCGAAAAGUUGAAGGUUUUGAAGUUGAUCACAGAGUUGAAAAAAUUAUCCCACACCCUGCUUACUGGAGAUUAACUUUAGACCACGAUGUCGGGCUACUAAAACUUAGCAAACCUAUACAGUUCAACAACUGGGUUCAACCAAUAUGUUUACCUAUUAUAGAUGUUCCAAACGGAACUGAAUGUUUUGUGACAGGCUGGGGUAAAAUUGCAGUAACUGGAACACCUCAUACAGUACUUCAACAAGCUAAACUACCUGUUAUCUCUAACAAUGAGUGUCGUAUUCUAAAUAAAAACAUAAUACCAAUUCCGAUUUCUGAGACAAUGUUGUGCGCAGGACACGGACGCAACCCUAAACCUGACGGAGGAAAAACAAACAUGGCAUCAUGUCACGGAGAUUCUGGAAGCGGAUUUGUUUGCAGAACUGGUAUAAACGGAAGAUGGCAACUUCACGGUGUGGUCAGUUGGGGAUCACCUAAAUGUGAUGCAUGGGCGGCCUAUUCAGUUUUUGCUCGUAUAUCUAAGCUACGAAGUUGGUUAGAAUACGAAAUGAAAAACAAUUAAAUCAAUUUUUACGUCAAAUAAAAGUUUGAUUUUUUGAAAAAUAAAGUUGAGUUUUUAA